CAGAGCAAAUAAUCAAACAACCCACCUCUUCUACACCCAGAUCCUCCCCUCUACUCUCCCCACCUCCUGCCGCGCGUAACGAGGCAGAGCAGAGAGUUAUUCGUCUAGGCUCCGGCAUCGCGCAUCUCCGUCACCGGGAGGAUCGAUUUUUCGGCGGGAAGGAAGGGGUGUAGACUUACAGGCUUGCAGGACAUCAACUUCCCCGAAAGAUGGAACCGAGCAUCGAAAAGGAGCUGCCCCGGGCUGACCUCGCCAAAGUCGAAGAGUUCGAGAGCAAGCGUUCCGGGUACUUCGCGGAUGAGUACCGCAAGUCCUCCAUGUACUGGUCAAGCCUGUGCGACGUCAUGAGCGCGAACGACGGGCCCACUCAGCAGGUGCUGUCGUAUGUUGCGGGCAAGCUGGAGGCGGACCGCAUUAACACCGCGGCCAUCUUCGUCAACGCGGACAAGGUGUUCGGCGAAAAGAAGGGUGCCACCAAGCUGAGGCAUGACAAGAUUCGCCACGAGGAGCAGAAGGCUAAGACCAAGGGUGUGACGGCGUCCAUCGACGUGGAGCUGCUGGUGGCUGGAGGACCAGGGAAAGAAGCACCCACUAACAGUGCGGUGAAGGCGAUCUGGGAGAUGGCGGAGAUGGACUGCCGAGCCGCGCGUAACCGUGACGCUCUCUGCGACGAGCUGGAGCACGAAGACAUGCUCGGGAAGGUCAAGGUCAUGGGUAAGGAGAUGCAGCGGCGAUUCAAGGAGCUAUCGGAGGAAGGAACCGCUUGCCUGCUGAGCCUGGCCAACAUCGACAAGCGCGUUGGACAGGCCUUCCUGCACCUGAAAGAGACGCUGGGGGACCAAGUCGGGGGAAAGACCCUCCACGAGGAUGUGUGGUUCUUGUUCUGCAGCUACCAGACGGCGGUCGUGCACCAGAAGGAGGCCUGGAACGCCGUCACGGCUAAGCUGGGGGAAGUGUUCGCGAAGAUGAAGGACCUAGAGGGCGAACGGCGCACGACUCUUCGUGAGUUCAUGCUCUCCGCUAACCAUGCGAUCGGUGACAACUGGAAGAAGAUGUGCACGCUGUCCGGUCCGGCCAACGACGCCGCUAAGGCGGUGGAUGCCAGCAGGGGCGCCGUGGAUCAGGAGGUCCACUCCCUGGCGGCCGUGCGGAUGGAAGAGAAGAAGCACGACAGCUCUAAGGAACACAUCCUGGCGAACACGACCCACAUCGUCCGCGCAGACCCGGCUCCCGCUGACGACUCCUUCAUCGAGACUCUGUCGGCGCCUCUGGAGUCGCCCCUGGUGCGGAGCAUGAUGAUGAUCGAAAGGAGAGAAGGGAAGGCGAUCGGCAGCAAGUACCACGCCGGACUGAUGGUGCUGUCGUGGGACGGCUUCCUCCACUUCUUCGACAUCCCUUCCUCCUCCACCGUCAAGAAAGACGCCUCUGCUUCCGCAGCUUUCCAGGAGAUUUCCCCCUCCAUCUCGCUGGACGACCUCCUGGCGAACAAGAAAGACCUGGACGAGGUGCUCAUGUUCAAGAGCACUCACACGCUCCGGCUGGACGAGUCCUCCACCGUGGAGGCCAAGUCCAGCCACAAGAGCCACAAGAUUGAGGUAAAGGGCAAGAUGAAUAUCACCUCCAUUAAGAGGCACUUCGGGUCUAGCAGCAAGACGGUCACCUUCCGAACGGCCACCGAGGCGGAGAUGAACAACACAGUCGAGGAGAUCACGGACUGUAUCUACACCAGGGGCGGCAUGCAGACCGCUUUGACCGGGCGGAUGAGCACGGACAGCCGGUCUAGCUUCGGCAGCAGCUUCAACUCCACCGGGUCUGGUUCCACGAAAUUGCCGCCCAAAGAACCGGAACCAGCGCCGGCUGCCCCGGCGCCCACUCCGGCCCCCUCGUCAACCGUAGCGCCGCCCGCCGCCGAACCCGCCGCCGCUGACCCUGCCCCGCCCGUCAAGAAGCCCGCCCACGCCGCCGCCGCCGCCCCCGCCGCAGCCGCUGCCCCCACCGCGACGCCCACCGCGGAACCGACGAAGAGCCCGGCAGCCGUCCCUGCGGCGGAACCCGCUGCCCCGGCGGCACCGGCCCCGGCGGCGCCAGCGGCGACGACCGGCGCCGGAGAGGCGUCUUCGGAGGCGCCGCCGCCGCCGGCAGCGGCGGCAGCAGAACCCGUUGCGAAGGCCGUGUGA